AACAGGAAGUGGGAUUGUGCAGUGUUGUGCUGUCGUGAUUAGCUGCUCUCCGUUCGUUCGGUGACGUUUCUGGUCUAUUUAUUGUGUUUAGUGAUUGUUUUGGGAAACGAAAAAUAGUCCAAGUGGCGGUUGGUAUCGUGAAGUUUUCGGCGAUGAAAUUCAAUAAACCGGAACAGUGUACGAUCGGUCGAUACUUUAAGCAUAAUUAGCCCCCUUCAUGAAGUGCCGUCUCUGUGCACGAAUAACGAAAAGUUGCUCUCGCCCUGUGAACCGUACGAACCUCUCUCAUGCUGGUUAGUCUGGUUUUGUUAGUGAUCCGUGCCACAAAUAGCAUCCAACAACAUUGCGUCCGUGCUUAAAAAAAAUAUGCAAUAAGUUGUAGAAUCGUGUGUUCUAAUCUCCUAACGAUGAAUUGUACCUCUAGCGACCGCUGCUCUUAGAGCAAGUGUCGUAUUUUAAUCAACAUAAGUACAUAUAAGCAGUGAAAAGUUCAAAAACUCAACAUCGGUUGUGCGGUGAAAAAUCGUUGUCCAACUCCAGAUCCGUCUCCCAAAGAGCCUUUUGAAGGAAAUUCUCGCGCCUCGAGUUCCGCUCGCACCAGUGCGCUCCCGCUCAGAACAUUACAAUUCUCGGUCCCAUCAGCCUCAGCAGCAGCUGUGGUGCCGGGAGCCAGCAAUCGAAUCCGUCUCCGUUGUACCAGGAAGGAAGGAAGUUCAUGCACAAUAAACUCGAACAGAAAACCGCCUUCACUGUUAGGAAUUCAAAAAAGGAAAAUUAGCGUUAGAAACCGAGAGCUACUUCUCUAGAGAGCCAGUAACCACCCUUUCCGGCAGUAAAGCUACUACCGGAGGCUCGCAGGACAUUCUCGAGUGUCUGCCGUGCUCUUAUCAGCACGAAGCAAGGUGUUGGUGAGUGUUUUCCGCCGCCACUCUCUGUUUUCCAGACUUACCCUGGCCUCCUCUUGGCCAGUUCGGUUCGGUUGCUCUUUACUUCUCUUCUCUAUCGACGUUCGGUUCGUUUUUUCGCUAACCGCUAUGUGUGUGCGUGUGGAAGCCAAACUCGCCCUCCGCAUUGUUUAGAUGUGUGAAAGUGAAAUAUCAACAGAACCUUGCACCCUUUCACUACCCACAAUAUUACAAAAGUGAAAAUCUUUUCUCUCCGAGCGUCGUCGUCCGUACGUUGCCACCCGCGCCCUUGCUAGUGUUAGUGCGUCCGACAGUCACGGGGCUCUUUUGUGUGAAGGUAUUUCCUCGGUUGGCUGCUUUUAUUAUUGUUGUUGCUGCUGUUAUUUUUACUGCUGCCUCUGUUAUUGUGUGAUUACGUGCAUUUAUUGAUGUUUGGGAAGAAAAAUCUCAGCUGAGAAGAAAAAUCAUUACCACCCACUGCCGCCCAGCAUCGAACCGAAAGCGGGAGUUGAAAAGCUGGAACCACUGCGAGGGAAAGCGGGGGUGCAGGCGAAGAAUUGUUGUAAGUAGUGUGACACAUACCGUGGGGCCAAAGUGCAAAUCUAAUUUGGAAGAGUGUGCUCCGAUUAUUCGCGGAUGAAAAAUGGCUUGAAAUUAGGCAACCAACCGCGUACGACGUCACCAGUGACGACGACGACGACUGCGAGAAAGCAGUAGAAGAAAGCUACGACGACGGCGACGACGGUGGUGACGACGACCAUUUACCACAGGUGUAUGCGGUAGGAACUCUCGACCCCUGGGAAUCACCGGAGCAAAUCCAAUUAAGAAAGUGUGGAACUGCUGUGAGAAAUUAGAAAGAAGGAAAAACUUAAGACAUCACUCAAAAUGAUACCCAAAACAAUAUACUGCUUGAUGGCGCUAUUCGCGAUCCGACUAGUGAUGCCCUACGAGGAAGUGACGGAAGAACUUCCGCCAGAUCAUGUGCGGGAGUUUCAGUGUGGGAAGUUCUACUACCGAACGUUUCACCUGGACGAGGAACGGGACUCUCUCUAUGUGGGAGCAAUGGACCGAGUCUUCAGGUUGAAUCUGAAAAACGUCAGCAUGACAUCUUGUGAGCGAGAUGCCAUCGUUCUUGAUCCGUCCAGUUCGGAUAUUCGAAACUGUGUGUCGAAAGGGAAAAGUGAGAUGUUUGAUUGCAAAAACCACAUACGGGUGAUCCAACCGAUAGAUAACGGCAACCGGUUGUACAUCUGCGGAACGAACGCACACAACCCGAAGGACGUAGUGAUAUACUCCAACCUCACACAUCUAUCACGGUCAGAGUUCGUGCCCGGAAUCGGUCUCGGCAUCGCCAAAUGUCCGUACGACCCUCUGGACAAUUCGACCGCCAUCUACGUGCAGCAGGGUAACCCCGGCGAUUUUCCCGCGCUGUACUCGGGAACGAACGCUGAAUUCACCAAGGCAGACACGGUUAUUUUCCGUACCGAUCUGUACAACAUGACGACCGGCAAGAAGGUGUUCAACUUUAAGCGUACCCUGAAAUACGACUCCAAGUGGCUUGAUAAGCCGAACUUCGUGGGCACAUUCGACAUCGGGGAGUACGUUUACUUUUUCUUCCGGGAGACGGCGGUCGAGUACAUCAACUGCGGCAAAGCUGUCUACUCGCGAAUCGCACGAGUUUGCAAAAAGGACACCGGCGGCAAAAACAUCCUCAAUCAGAACUGGGCUACCUAUCUGAAGGCUCGCAUCAACUGCAGCAUUUCCGGCGAAUUUCCGUUCUACUUCAACGAGAUCCAGGAUGUAUACCAGCUGCCGUCGGAUAAAUCCAAAUUCUACGCUACCUUCACCACCAGCACCAACGGUUUGGUCGGAUCGGCGGUUUGCAGCUUCGACAUCGGAGAGGUUCAUUCUGCCUUCGCAGGCAAAUUCAAGGAGCAAGCCACAUCCAACUCGGCCUGGCUUCCGGUGCUGAACUCGAAGAUUCCGGAUCCCCGGCCGGGUACGUGCGUCAACGAUACCUCCACCCUGCCGGACUCGGUGCUCAACUUUAUCCGUUCACACCCGCUGAUGGACAGGGCCGUCAACCACGAGCACAACAAUCCGGUCUUCUACAAGCGGGAUCUCGUUUUCACCAAGCUGGUUGUGGACAAAAUUAAAAUUGACAUUCUAAAUCAGGAGUAUACUGUUUACUACAUCGGAACCAAUGCGGGUCGUAUCUACAAGAUCGUGCACUACCUCUCCAAUGGGGAGUCCAAGUCGAAAUUGUUGGACAUUUUCGAAAUUGCUCAGAACGAGGCGAUCCAGGUGAUGGAGAUUAGCCAGUCCCGUAAGUCGCUGUACGUGGCCACCGAUUAUCGCAUCAAGCAGGUCGAUUUGGCCAUGUGCAACCGACGGUACGAUAGCUGCUACCGGUGCGUCAAGGAUCCGUACUGUGGAUGGGAUAAGGACACCAGCACCUGCAAACCGUAUGAGUUGGGAUUACUGCAGGAUGUCGGUAAUGAAACUUACGAUAUCUGCGAUACCAGUGUGCUGAAGAAGAAGAUUAUCGUCACCUACGGACAAAGCGUCCACCUGGGAUGCUUCGUUAAGGUGCCGGAAAUACUGAAGGACCAAUCUGUCACCUGGUAUCACCACUCGAAGGAGAAGGGACGCUACGAGAUAAAGUACAAUCCCACGAAGUACAUCGAAACGACGGAACGUGGCUUGGUUGUGAUUUCGGUAAACGAAGCCGACGGGGGUCGGUACGAUUGUCACCUUGGCGGGUCUCUGCUCUGCAGUUACAAUAUAACCGUGGACGCUCAUAGAUGCACUCCACCGAAUAAGAGCAAUGACUAUCAGAAGAUCUACUCCGAUUGGUGCCACGAGUUCGAAAAGUACAAGUCAGCGAUGAAGACCUGGGAGAAGAAGCAAGCACAAUGUUCAUCCAAGCAAAACUAUAGCAAUCAGCAUCCCAACGAUGUUUUCCAGCGCAAUCCCAACGUCUGAUAUCAAGGACCAAACAUUGACACUUCAACAUCGAAUAGCUUGUCCACUACCUUUGGUAGGGUACUACAAUCAACUAAAUGAACUGUGAUACCCUUAAUGAUCCAAUAAUAAGAAGCAGAAGAAAAAAAAACAGAAAACAAACAAAAAAAUAGUAGGAAAUGCUGUACAGUAUUGCGAAAGUAUAUCACAAAUUGCUGGAACAAAUCUCAUCCCCGCGCGAAACCAUUCACGACGACUCGCCGACGUUUCGAUCCGUGCAAUGGGGUAAAGUACACAUUUUUGAUUUUCCUUGUUGAGCGGAAGUUAUUUGGAAAAUUGCGACAACGGAGGAAAAUCGAAUGAAAAAUCUAUAUAUAUAUAUAUAUAUAUAUAAAUUAUUACUAGCCAAUUCCAUCGAGCUUGCGAGAGAUCAUCUUAGCCCCGGAGUAAAUCGUAGAGGUUGUCAUUUUUUCAUCUCUUUCUCUGGACGUCAGUAGAGCAUUGUGUAGCGUUUCAAGAUUGUAGACGCCUCUAUUUUCCGAACCCCAAAUUGUAAAUACCGCACGCUUAAUGACUACUGCACCGUUAGAGAAGAACGACGUUACUGAACCACAGAGAUUAAGCAUAAAAAGUACUCUUUUUUUUAAAGUUUUAGUUUAUUUUUCACUAACAGGUAAUUCGUAGAUAAAAAGAUUGAUAACAAAACUAGCAUUUUAUCAAAGGAAAAGCAAUUUAACGCCACGAACCUCAGAACCCCGCAAAGAGGAGGCCCAGUGAGCUAACAAAAAAUAACACAUAAGACAAAUCAAUCCACACACGAAACACGAACCUGCCAGCAUCCCAUUUAGUCUCUCCCCUCCGUUUCUCCCUUUCUCUUUCUCAUCUAAUGUAAUAGGGACAAAAAAUACAGAACUUAUCACGCAACUCCUUUCUCAUCCAUGCAAUGACAAGCGAAAAAACCACAUCCUGUAUGCAUAUAUUCUCUCUUCAACUUGGUAGAAAUUCACUUCAUCAUACAAACAUCCAUCGAAUGUGUGUAUGUGUAUGCGUAGAGCACAGAACUAAUAGCAACAGAAGUAAAACAAAACAGAAAAAAAACAACAACAAAAAACAGAGAAUCGGUAUUUUUUUGGAGCAAAUUCGAUAUUAAUGCAAUACCCGCAGACAUAUCACCCCCCCGAUGAAAUACGAACUGGAAGUAGCGAAUUAAAGCAAGAAACAAAAAGAAAAACAACAGACGUGACAGCGAGAAUAGCAAAACAAAAGUACAUUUAAAGAAGUAACACAAAGAAUCGAUAGAAGCAAGCAAGCAAGCAAUCGCAUUUGAGUGAUGAUGAUGAGGAGGAUGUUAUUAAAACGGAAUGAAUGAAUGUAGUUCGUAGAGCCGCUGCUGGCUUCAGAGAGAAGGCGAAGCAAAAAGUUGCUGCUGCUUCGAAUGAUGAGAGCGCGAACAUUUUGUACAUAAAGAAAAGUAUUACAUUUAGCCCUAAGUUUCUAUUAGACGGUUAAGACUGAGAAGUAAGAACAAUGUUUAAUUUGAUUUCUUAUAACUGCUUUUUUGUACGUGAAUCUAAUAAUGACAAUAAUUGUCACCAAAUAAAAAAAAAACUGAAUAAAAAAUUAUGGUUA